AUGAACGGCACCCAGGGGGACGCCGCGGCUUCCAGGCCGGCGCGAAGGGGCGACAACGCGCCUCCGCAGAAGAACGGGAAGAAGGAGCAGACGCAGCAGGCGCCUCGCCAGCGGCGGAAGCGGCAGGAGCCACUGGAAGUUGUUGGGCAGACAGAGGCGCAGGCGAAGCGAAGCAAACGCGUGAAGCUCUCCCUCGCGUCGCCUUACCAGAAGCAGUCUUUCGGGACGAACAUGACGCCUGAACAAGAGAAGUCUCUGCUCGACGCGCUUCAAACCUGUGGUGCGCAAGCUCGGGCGGCUGGCGUGCCGUUGAGACGCUUCGUCGUGUGCGGCGUCAACGAAGUCACUUCCGCUCUUGAGUCGCACCAGCGCGCCCUUUUUCUCUCUUCUCUCCCUCGUUCCUAUUCCUCCACACCCCCCCCGCUCGCGUCGGCGCGUCGCCUCCAUCCCUCGCCGCGCGCAGCGUCCUCCCCGCCGCCGGUCACCGAGGCUCUCUCUGCUUCGUCCUCGGCCUCGUUUUCUUCUUCUGCUUGCUCCAGUUCUUCUUCCGCGCCGGCUGCUUCUCCACACGCAGCGCCGGUGGAAGCCUCGCCGUUGGCUACUGCAGCCCCGCCUAGUCCCGCGGAAUCAAGCGCGGGCGACGCGCGAGAGGGUGGCGGCAGCACUGCUGCUUCGCUUCGCCCCGAGUCGGGAGAGAGGGGAGCGACACACACAGAGUCAUGCCAGAACGGUGAAACCGCAGCACGUUCCGCCACACCGCUGGCAGAGACCUCAGAGGACUUGCAGACGUCGGGGGCCGGCCGCGGAGAGAGAGAGCCGCGCGCGUUCGGAGAAGGCGCCGCGCGCAAAGGCCACGAAGGGACUGGCGCCCAGACGCUCGAAGGCGAGGCGGCACCGGCGGGAAGACCCGUGGAGGCUGCGGGCGCUGCUCAGGAAGCCUCGUCGGCACAGAGAACCAAGAAAGCGGGAGAGAAAGCCGACAAGGGGCAAGCUGAGGGGCGUUUGCACUCCGAGGGCGCAGAGUGUCUCGUAGCCGCGAUCGGCAUCGUGCACACAGGGCUAGGCGCGCGCAUUGUCCAGCAUCUGCCUCUCAUGGCCUCGCUGCUCGGCGUCCCCUGUCUCUGCUUCAGAAACGCAGGGACAGCCUUGUGCGACAUAUUCGGCCUUCCCUGCGUCGCAGCGUUCGCGAUUCUGCGCGCUCCAGCGCCUUGGCAUUCUGCUUCGUCGUCUCCGUCUAGCCUCGCCCUCCUUGCCCGAUCUACCGGAGAGUCCAGUGAUGCCCCAUCACAGGACUCUGCCGUCGGCCUGCGCGCCGCGAUUGCAUCUUUUCUUUCACUUUCGGCGUCUCUCUCUCCGCCCUCUUCGGCGUCCUCCUACCCCUUCUUCCUGCCUCGACAGGUGGCCUCGAACUCCUGCGUUGCCGAGCGAGCCGUUGUCAGUCUGUGCGCGUCGCCCGCCUCUGAGUCUCCACAGGAGUCAGCGGGCGGAGAAGGAGCUGGGCGGCGUAGGGAGGAGACCCGACGCGAAGCGGACAACGCAGCGGAGACGGCCGCCGCGCCGCGGCCUGGUGUCUCUGUUGGCUCGUCUGCUGUGGGGUUCCAUCUACGCAGCGCGUGCUUGGCCACGUCCUUCUGCGACCCUAUCGAGGGAGAGGCGGGAAGCAAGAAGACGCGGCGCGCGCUGCGCCGGAAGACCAGAAGGGAGAGGCGGAAACGCAUCCUCAAGAAGGCGCAGGAAAGGCGAGCGGCGGUUUCGAAGCAGGCCUCUGGAGAGAUGAAGGCGUAG